AUGACAAUCGUCACAGCAUCCCUGCCCUCCACCACCCCGACCUUCCUGACUCUUCCCCCCGAGGUCAGGAAUCUCAUCUACACCCUCGCCCUCCAACUGCCACAACCCAUCCGACUCCGCUCUCCAUCCGAAAGACGGCUGCGGCCAUCUCGGCCUCCCAGAGAUGAUGCCCGAGGACUGCUCGACUCUUGUCGCCAGAUCCGCCACGAGGCCCUUCCGCUCUAUUACAGCCUGAAUGCCCUGGUGUUCCGCUGUACCGAGCACGUCUUGGCCUUCAUGUCCGACCCGCAACUUCACCCUCUGAUCCGGCCCUCGCUCACCCACAUCGCCGUCGAUUUCGGCGACAGCACUGACGCCGACGCCACCAUGAAGGACCACAUCAGCCUGGUCGACAGCUGUAUCGGGACCCUGCCCCGGCUCCAAGCUCUCGAAACCCGCUUCUACGCCCGCACCUUGGACGCCUGCUCGUCUCAACACUUCCACACUCUCGCUCUGGCCUUUGAUGGACUGGACGCCGACAUGAAUGCCCCUCCGUCUCCACGUUGGCCGCGUUCACCUCGUGCUUCACCUCGUGCUUCACCUCGUGCUUCACCUCGAGGCUCGCCGCGAAGCUCGCCGCGAAGCUCCGUCUGCAGCGACUCGCUAGCCUCGGCGUGCUCUUCGCCUGGCCCGGACCAGGAAGCGGACUCGGGCCCGCCGCCUGAACGAGACAUCUCCGCCAUUCAGGCCGAAGUGCUGGAACAAUAUUGCUUCACGCCUUCCGCGGCCAUGGCCUUUGCCAAGUCGAAGCUGAAGUUUUCCGUCGCCGCCUCGUCGCAUGACUACCCGGGUUUCAAGUACGACAAACUGAUUUGCUACAACCUCCGCAUCGGAGCCGACGGUAUCGUCAACACUCUUGGUCCGGCCAAGGACGCGGUCAAACAACGCCUCGGUCGUGUUGGCAUGUUGCCUCGCCGUCCCAGUGACAUAUACGACACUACCGCGGAUGGCGGUUUUCACCAGAGAGUGCGGGCGACCAUAGCGUCUUGCUCCAGGAUCGAUGUGGGUGUUUCGUGA